AAACCUUGUCAGUGAUUUCUUCUGUUGUUGAUCCUGCUGGCUGCCGAAGAACUAACAGGCCUGGAAGAAGAGAAGCCCCCCCAACAAGAAAAGGAGGUAACCAUGGUACAAAGAGUUGCCAUUAUCGGAGCGGGGGUGAGCGGCUUGGCCUCCAUCAAAGCCUGCCUCGAAGAAGGACUGGAGCCCAUCUGCUUUGAGAGAAGCAACGAUAUCGGCGGACUCUGGCAGUACUCAGACUCCGUCGUGGAUGGCAGAGCCAGCAUUUACCGCUCCGUGUUCACCAACUCGUGCAAAGAAAUGAGUUGCUUCCCAGAUUUCCCUAUCCCAGAGGAUUUCCCAAACUACCUGCAUAACAGCAAGCUUCAAGAGUAUAUCCAAAUGUUUGCCAAACACUUCAAUCUUGUGAAAUACAUCAAGUUUAAGACUCUUGUGAUCCAUGUGAAAAAGCGGCCGGAUUUUCCAGUCACUGGCCAAUGGGACAUUGAAACGGAAACGGAAGGCAAGGUGGAAUCGGGUGUGUUUGAUGCUGUCAUGGUUUGCUCCGGUCAUCAUGUGUAUCCAAAUAUUCCAACUGAUGACUUUGCUGGGAUAGAGAAGUUUAAGGGCAGAUACUUCCACAACCGAGAAUACAAAGGACCUGAAAAGUUCAGAGGGAAGAAGGUGCUGGUGAUUGGCCUUGGGAAUUCUGGCUGUGACAUUGCCGUGGAACUCAGUAAUGUGGCCUCUCAGGUUUAUCUCAGCACUCGGAAUGGAUCCUGGGUGAUGGGUCGUGUGUGGGAGAAUGGCUACCCUUGGGACAUGUUGGUCCUCACUCGCUUUGACACGUUCCUCCAGAACCUUCUCCCGACAGCCAUCACCGACUGGUUGUAUGUGAAGCGAAUGAACAAAUGGUUUGAUCAUGAGACCUACAGCCUUGCGCCGCUAAACAGAACUCUGCGCAAGGAACCCGUGUUCAACGAUGAGCUGCCGAGCCGCAUCGCAUGUGGAACCGUCGUGAUCAAGCCUGGGGUGAAAGAGUUUACGGAAACCUCUGCUGUCUUCCGGGACGGGACUGUGCAAGAAGGCCUUGAUUAUGUCAUCUUUGCGACGGGCUACAGUUUUGCCUACCCGUUCAUGGACGACGAGUUGAUCCUCAAGUGCAGGGACAACACGGUCACCUUGUACAAAAGCAUCCUCCCCCCUCGGCUGGAGAAACCAACCAUGGGAGUGAUAGGCUUAGUUCAGUCUCUUGGAGCAACUAUCCCAACGGCGGACCUCCAGAGUCGCUGGUUCAUACGAGUCUUCAAGGGGUUAUUAAAGUUGCCUUCUGAAAGUAGCAUGAUGGAUGACAUCGAUGAGAAGAUGGGGACGAAGCUCAAAUGGUACGGCCAGAGUGACACCCUGCAAACAGACUACAUCACAUACAUGGACGAACUCGCCUCUCCAAUCGGCAUAAAGCCCAACGUUCCGCUCCUCUUCCUGACGGACCCCAAAUUGGCCGUGCAAGUUUAUUUUGGCCCCUGCACCCCAUACCAGUUUCGCCUGACGGGGCCCGGGAAGUGGGACGGAGCCAGAAACGCCAUCCUGACACAAUGGGACCGAACACUGAGGGCAACAAAGACCAGAGUUGUACCCAGUUCUCAGAACUGUUUCCCAUUCUUUGCUUUGCUGAAAAUAUUGGCCCUCCCGCUUCUCCUUGCUGCUAUCUUUGUAGUGUUUAACUGAUUGCUCCGUGGGCUGGAAAAGACGUGACAGCGUCAGUGUAAACACUGGCUUCCUCCAACUGUGCAGAAAGAAAGGGGUGAUGGGAAAUGGACCCACAGGUGAAUGGGGCAGAACCAUUGACCCACCUGUUCUUUAUUUGGUCCCCAAGGCACUCCCCCGCCCCCCAGCUAUCCUCCCAGUUUCAAGAGUUAUUGGAAGCGGGAGAGAAAGCCCCAGGAAACUAAACCCCAAAUUGGCAGGACAUGCAUGAAUCCUAUGAUGCUUAUCUCUGUGUUACUUUGCCUUUAAAAAUCCCAAAUCUUCCAUCUUUUGCUUUCUACAUAAAUGGAGCAGUCCCAUAUUUAACUGAACUUCCUCUGUCAGGUCUAGCUUGGCUCAAAAGGAAAACAGCGAAUGGAAGAUAACAAAGAGGAAGAAAUUGUGUAUUUUUUACAAGAGCUAUGGAGCGUAUCCUGUGGCAGGCAGGAUUGGUGCUUUGAACUCAAAAACAGCAGAUGGAAGGCAAACACAAGGAGGAGGCAGGGUUAGGUCUUGGUUCUUACAGAUAUCGCUUCAGACUAGGGUGCCCCACACAGGACCAAAUGCUUUCCCAUCCCCAAAAACAUUAUUGGACAUAGAAAAUGGCAUGUCUGGAGCUCUAGGCCAACCUUGAGAGAGUCGUACUAGGCUUGGUCAAUACCCUAGAAAUUUGCUAAAAUUCAGAUUUGGAUUUAUUUGGGCAUAAAAUUAUCUGUAUGC